UGUAUGCUUUUUGGACUCUUGCAUGUUCCAAAAAGGUGUUCUCUUUAUAUUUCAUUUUUCUUUUUCUUUCUUCUUCUUCUUUGUGUGCUAAUGGCAUUUUUAUCUGCUUGUGUGUCGGCCAACGAAUAAUUCUUGAUUGAAUCUUUGAAAGAAAGACACCCAAAGAAGAUUCAUCACUGUUUUUUUCUUCUUUUUCUAUAUUCCUAGUUAUCCUCUUUGGGUCUUUAUAGGAGGAGAAAUUGGACGAGGUUUUGAUUACAGAGACUUGAGAGUUUAGGUUCUUUUAUGCGAUCAAAGAGAGUGUGAGAAAUAGCAGAGAACUUCUUUUGUGCGUGUUUUGGUUUCUGGGUUUUUCUUUUUCUGUCGAUUUUAAUCUUGGAAGUACAAGUUUUGUUGUUGAACUCCAAACUUGGUGAAUUGAACAGUGGUUUUUUCCCUCGUGGAGAGAAAGUGAAUUUGUCUCUGAUUCUUUGACAACAAACAAGCAAAAAAAAAAGACUUUUUGUUUUUUUGGCUUCAAUUUUGUUCACUUAUAGUGCUUCCUAGUUACAGAUUUUGGUGUUCAAAGCUGCUAAAGCGAGGCAAGAAAGCUGUUCGACUUGAAGAAAUAUAGAGUUUUAAGGGGCUUUUUGGUGAUGAAGCUUAAGCUGUUUUGAGAAAAAAAAAAUGGAGCUUUUUGGAAUCCGAAGUUGGCUCCUUCUUUCGGUAACAAAAUGUUGAAAUUCUGUGGAAUUCCAAGUUUUUGUUUUGGGUUCUCUUUCUGGUGACGAUCAAAGAAGAUCCUCACUGGAUAUUUUGUUGGACGUGGCAAAAGGACUCUUAAUUACGGUGUUCCUUGAUCAUAUAUGUUUUUCAAGCAUUUACUUAGAGAGAAAAGGAAACGGAAAAUUUUACUGUUAAAGUCAUUGCUUUGAUUGAGAUGAUUACUUUUAUGGACUCAAAUGAGAAACUAAAGGAGAUGGAGAAGUGCUUGGAUUCUCAGCUAUGGCAUGCCUGUGCUGGAGGAAUGGUUCAGAUGCCUUCAGUUAACACCAAAGUCUUUUACUUCCCUCAAGGCCAUGCUGAGCACGCUUGUGGCCCUGUUGAUUUCAGUAAAUGCCCCCGAAUACCGGCUUAUAUACUCUGCAGAGUUGCUGCUGUUAAGUUCAUGGCCGAUCCUGAGACCGAUGAGGUUUUCGCAAAAAUUAGGCUGAUCCCAGUUAGUACUAAUGAGCCUGAUUUUGAAGAUGAUGGUAUUGGAAGCAUUCAUGGAAAUGAAACACAGGAAAAGCCGGCUUCUUUUGCAAAGACAUUGACCCAGUCAGAUGCAAACAAUGGUGGUGGUUUUUCUGUUCCAAGAUAUUGUGCUGAGACGAUAUUUCCAAGAUUGGAUUACUCCGCUGAUCCCCCUGUUCAGGCUAUUCUUGCUAAGGAUGUCCAUGGGGAGACCUGGAAGUUUAGGCAUAUAUAUAGGGGGACGCCGAGGAGACAUCUUUUGACUACGGGAUGGAGCACUUUUGUGAACCAUAAGAAGCUUGUAGCUGGGGAUUCAAUUGUGUUCUUGAGGGCUGAGAAUGGGGAUCUUUGCGUCGGUAUUCGAAGGGCUAAGAGAGGGAUUGGGGGAGGACCUGAGUCUUCGUCUGGGUGGAAUGUUACUGGUGGAAAUUGUAUGGUGCCAUAUGGAGGGUUUUCAGCAUUUCUGAGGGAAGAUGAGAACAAGUUGAUGAGAAAUUGCAGUAAUAACGGGCUUAGCUCAAAUAGCAAUUUGAUGGGGAAGAGAAAGGUUAGACCUGAACAAGUUAUUGAAGCUGCAACUCUCGCUGCCAAUGGACAACAGUUUGAUGUUGUUUACUACCCCAGGUCGAGUACCCCCGAGUUCUGUGUGAAGGCCUCUUUAGUGAAGACAGCAUUGCAGAUACGGUGGUGCUCAGGAAUGAGAUUUAAAAUGGCCUUUGAAACAGAGGAUUCUUCACGGAUUAGUUGGUUUAUGGGCACUAUAUCUUCUGUUCAAGUUGCUGAUCCCCUCCGCUGGCCUGACUCACCUUGGAGGCUUCUUCAGGUUACAUGGGACGAGCCAGAUUUGCUUCUAAAUGUAAAACGUGUCAGUCCUUGGCUGGUGGAAUUGGUUUCAAACAUGCCGCCCACAAUUCAUCUAUCUCCCUUUUCACCACCAAGGAAGAAGUUGAGACUGCCUCAGCACCCAGAUUUUCCCCUUGAUUGUCAACUUCCAAUGCCAACAUUUUCCGGCAACCUCCUUGGUUCCAGCAACCCUUUUGGGUUUCUACCCAACACCACUCCUGCUGGCAUGCAGGGAGCCAGGCAUGCUCAUUAUGGUCUAUCUUUAUCGGAUCUCCACCUCAAUAAACUGCAGUCAGGUCUCUAUCCAGGUGGUUUCUCGCCACUUGAUCAUGCUGCUACACCCAAUAAGACCUCCAAUGGUGGCUCAAUCGUUCAAAAGCCUAGCAUGAGUGAGAAUGUUUCUCGCGUGCUAACCAUGGCCCAUUCUACCCAGAAUUCUAAGAAAACUGAUGAUGCGAAGACGCAUCAUCUUGUACUUUUUGGUCAGCCAAUCCUAACUGAACAGCAAAUCUCUCUCAGCUGCUCUGUUGAUACAAUCUCUCCAGUGCUUACUGGAAAUAGUUCUUCCGACGGGAAUCUAGAUAAGACAGCAAACUUUUCUGAUGGUUCUGGAUCUGCACUUCAUCGACAAGGCCCGCCAGAGUGCACAACCCGUGAAGAUUUCCGGUGGUAUAAGGAUAAUCGCCUAGAAGCUGAACCCAACUUAGAGACUGGUCACUGUAAAAUUUUCAUGGAAUCGGAGGAUGUAGGUCGUACUCUUGACCUUUCAUUGCUGGGGUCUUAUGAUGAAUUGCACAGAAAGCUAGCAGAGAUGUUCGGUAUGAAAAAUUCUGGGACUCUGAGCCAUUUACUCUAUCGGGAUGCUACAGGUGCAGUCAAACAAAUUGGAGAUGAACUAUUCAGUGACUUUAUGAAAACCGCAAGGAGAUUAACAAUUCUAAUGGAUUCAAGCAGCGACAACGGAGGAGAGUAUAGAGGAAGAAACAAACCUUGAUUUCAACUUGUACAGCUGAUUGCUCGAAUCCUUUAUCCCAAGCUGACCUAUUCACCUUUUUUAAGUUGUAGGAGGAGCUGCUUCAGUCCAAGUUCUGGACUACCAACCCUUAAAAUCCUCCCAUAUUCUGUUUUUUGUUUUUUUCCAUUGUUUGCGAGGGCUAUUUGGAUUUUGAAGCCUUUUGUUUUAAGAUCAGAGUUCAGUAAACAUUGUUGUUGGUAUAUUGUUCCUUUCUGAUUUCCUGGUUCCAUAGGCAGCCGGUUCCUACAAGUACCAAGUCAAUUUGUAGGACAUGAUCUAUGUAUUACAGGGUCUUUUUGCCCCUUUUACUAGUUUUUUCCUCUCUUUGGCUGUAAUUCAUUUCUUAUAAUUAUGAAGUUAAGGGUUUCCUUGUGCAU